AUGGAGGCCGAAUUCGAGCCUGGCGGAUCUAGACGCACCACAGGUUUCUUGGGGGAAACUCUUCCCACGGGUGGCGUAUGGACUUUGGAGGAUGUCUCGUCACCUCGUCAAGAGGAUUCCCAGCAACGGUCAGAGACAGCACGAGCAAGUUCGCCAUCGAUAAGCGCCUUUUCCGAGAGGACUUCCAACUUGGCGGUGAUGAUUCCAGACCUUCACGUGUCCUCGCCUCGAUCUUGCUACGAGCCGUUCCAUCCACCUGCUCCCGUAAAGUCUGAAGAGGAAGCCUUGGCGUGUUUCCGCCUGUCGCCAGGACACCCGCAGCCUCAAUCUUCAUCCUCUCUUGGCCAUUUCGAGCUGCAGCUGGACAACUUUGCCGUUUACGUGGACACGGAACGUUAUCCAUGUGAGAUGCGGUGCCUGCACCAGCUCUAUGCCAAACGCGGCCAGCAUAGCUUCUUCUUUGACGGAGUUUUAAGCAACAACGGAGAGAGCAAGACGUAUGUAAAACGAGUCCCGGUGAGCGCCGUUCCAGUAGGGCAAUACGGCUUGCAAUAUCCCAGUGUGGGCGAUCAGGUUUGGCUGCAGUCUCCGUAUUGUGCGGGCAGCGGCCUGCUUUACAAGCUCGGCUUGCCCGCCAAGGAGUAUCGUCGCUUCUUUGAGCAGUUCCUCUGGGUCGCCAAUCUGUCCAAGCAUUUCACCGACUUCCUGUAUUUCAUGAAGCAAAGACGGACAAGGGUGGCGAUACAUCACUUCAAGAGCGUGUUUGGGGAGUGGCUGCUUUCAGUGCAUGGGGGUGCUCCCGAGUUGAUGGACUGGCUGGCUCUACACCCAUCAUGCGACUUUCGCACGUCGGUCGUUGCGAAUAUCCAGUUCCUUUACAAAGAGAACAAGAGACUCUCUGCGGGGGAAGAGCCCGACUGCCAUGAUAUCUGGGCGGAGAUAUGGAACUUGACCAAGUAUCCCAAGCUGUCGCCUGGGACGGCUGCAGAUCAGCCGACCGUCGUUACCGACUAUAUUUACCAACUCUUCUCUCAUCUCCCAUUUGGGAAUCGGCUGCAGGGGCUUCCGCUGGGACCGAGGGCAUCGACGCUGAGAGACGGCGCGAAUCUCAAGCAUGGGCUUGAGCGUGCCUGCGUACCACACAGCCCAGCUACCAGCGAGCUGGUUGAUGAGGCGCCGCAAGAUAUCAUCCGUGCCAUCAAACCCGGCGACACCAUAUCCACCAAAAGAGACAGUGGCGACUCGGGUUCCAUGUGGAAACGUGAGCUCUCCAAUGGUUUCGCGGACGUCGAUCGCUGGUUUGCACUAGUCCAGAAGGUGUGUAAACGCAGGGAUGGAGGCAAAUUAUUCGAGGUGCUGUGGUACUACCGGCCUCUAGAUACUCUUUGCGGCCUGAUGAAGUAUCCGUGGAAGAAUGAGCUGUUUCUUUCUGACCAUUGUUCGUGUCAUGAGAAGAACAAGAUCCAAGACGACGAGUUCUUGGGUGUUCAUAGUGUCCAGUUUGGAGGAGACUCGACGACAAACUUGGAAUUCUUUUGUCGCCAGACAUAUAUCAGCGAGGAGAGGAAAUGGGUGACUUUGAAGGACUCCGAUCUAGUAUGCUCGCACUUGGAUCCCCGGCACCGAGAAUCUGAAUCUAGCAAAUACUGGCCAGGCGACACUUUUCUCAUCCAUGUGAACAGGAACAGCUCGACUUCGCAGCCAUGCGAACUGAUUAGCGUAUACACACGGGACAAAAGGCAUCGUCUCUGCUUCCGAAGGCUGCUUAGGCGAAGGGAUGUAGACGCCACUGCUGUUUCUUCUGCUUGCAAUGAACUGGUGUAUAGCAGCGAGUCUAUGGAAUGCGGCCCGAAUCGCAUCGUCGGAAAAUGCCACGUUCGGUUCUUUGCCCCUGAUGCUAAUAUCCCGGUGCCUUAUAAUCGAGCUGGAGUCGGCGGUUUCUUUUACAUCACGCAUCAGCUGUCACCCACUGGGUUGUGCGUUCCGGUGCACAGUUCCCCCCCGUCUCUACGCCAGGGAUUUGAUCCUUGUGCAGUUAUCCCCAAGCUGCGAGGACUGGACCUCUUCUGCGGCGGCGGCAACUUUGGAAGGGGUCUAGAAGAGGGAGGAGCUGUUUGCAUGAAUUGGGCCAACGACCAUGACGUCCAAGCGAUGCAUACUUACAUGGCCAACUGCAGCCAUCCCCGGCUCCUGAGUCCGUACCUCGGGUCUAUAGAUGGCUUUCAAAAGGAGGCAUUGGACGGCAACUUUUGCAAGUCGGUGCCUGCGAUAGGCAGCGUCGACUUCAUCUCUGGAGGCAGCCCAUGUCCCGGCUUCUCUCGGCUCACAAACGACAAAACCACGGACGAACAGCGCAAGAACCAGUCCCUUGUGGCGGCCUUUGCGUCGUGUAUCGACCUCUACCGACCCAAGUACGGACUGCUGGAAAACGUUCCUGGCAUAGUUCAGCACAAAGAGAAUAGGGAACAGGAUGUCUCUAGCCAGUUCAUAUGCGCAAUCGUUGGUAUCGGAUACCAGGCCCAGAUGUUCUACCUCGACUCGUCAUCAUGUGGAUCAGCGCAGAGACGUUCGCGCGUCUUUAUUAGCUUUGCAGCACCAAGAUAUAAGCUGCCUCACAAGCCUCAGCAGACGCACUCGCAUCCACUAGGUACUAAGUCUGCUAGACUUGGUACGCUUUCCACCGGCAAUGCGUUGGCGGAGCGCGAGUUUCCAAGAGCGGCCCCGUUCCAACCUAGGACAGCAAGGCAGGUGAUGUCUGGCCUUCCCAAGAUAUACAACGGCCAGACGGAUACUUGUAUCGCCUUCCCCGACCACCGCUUGGCUCACAGGCAUACCAUGGACUUAAAGGCACGAAUAUCGCUGAUUCCAAACCGGCCAUGGGGGAUGAACUUUCGCAGCGCGUCUCGCGGUGUCCUCACGCCGGCAGAGAAAAGCGUGUUUUUGACGAAGAAGAGGGAUAAGAGGAAUGCCUCAGCCAACAGUUGCGACCGCCAGUCUUCCGCAUAUGGGCGGCUGUACCCCAACCAGCUUGUUGGAGCCAUUACUACCCAGCAAACGGCAGGCGACCGCAAGAAUGGUCGUCAGCUGCACUGGGACGAGAACCGAGGUCUCUCCGUCAUGGAGGCCCGUCGGGCCCAAGGCUUUCCGGAUGAUGAAGUCAUCCUAGGCACCCCUAGGGAGCAAUAUAAGAUUGUGGGCAACAGCGUGGCGCGAGAAGUGGCCCUGGCUCUGGGAUUGUCGAUUCGCGAGGCAUGGGCAGAGUCUUGUGCCGACAUCCAGAAUCCGGAAGCGGCAUUUCCUUUGGCCAGGUCCCUUGAACCAUGUGCUCCUGGAGGGCAUGCGCAUCACAGUGCUUGUCAUACCUUGGUGGUUCCCCAGAAGCGAAGACGACUUACGACUUCGAGAAUGUCGGUCGAAACGCGGCGUGCAAAGAAGGAGGACCCACCCGAGUGCAUAGAUGCAAGAUGA